GUAUGCGUACGUGGGAGGGGGUCUGGAGAUAGAGGCCCACGUAUGGCCCGGAGGGUUCCCAGUGCUGGAAGCUGUCUCGGGGGUCCUGGGGGGGGGAGCAGGCAGGGCGCGGGCCUCUUACCUUGGCUCUCUUUCUCUCUUCCCCCCUCCCCACCCAGCCCAUCCGAGGAGAGAUGGUCAAGGGACAGAGCAGAUCCCGAGCAUCAUCCCACCAGGUGAGGGGGACCUUCCCCUUUGGCCUCGGGAAAGGAGCAGAAGCCGGAGACGGGGGGAGGGAAAAGGAAAAAAGCGCUUAUUAUUUACCUGCUAAGCCAGAAAUAGUGAAGUAGUGAACUCAUCUGAUGCUUAAAACCGGGUGAAAUAGCAAGGUAGGCGCUAUGAUGGCCUCUGUUUUACAAACGAGGAGACUGAGGUAAAGUGACCUGCCCAGGAUCGGACAGUUAGUGAGUAUGUGAAGUCUUUCGGACUCCAGGUCCAAGGCUCCAGAUAUUGAAGUUCCCAGAAAAUUUCCCUGCCUGCUCCUCGGUCCCUUGGGUUUGGUAGGUAGGUCCAAGUGAGGCAAGGGCUGCUAUUGGGGGUUCAGGCCGGUUUCUGCCCUGCUUGUCCCCAUUUCAGCGUUUCCUCUGUGUGGAAUAAGUGGGGCUGUGGUGCCUGGGGCUCAAGCCAGUGUUCAAGACUUUGGAAGUGCGCACAGCCCUGGGGGAAGGCACCAAGAAGUAGCUUGGGUCUCAUUUUUUAUAUUCUAUUUGCUUUAAGCAUGAGUAUUGGGAGAGGGGAGAGGGGAGGGAAGGAAGAGAGAAAGGAAGAGGAGGAGGGAAGAAAAGAAGCAAGGAAAGAAGGGGAAAAGGAAAGGAAGGAGGGAGGGAGAGAGGAAAGAAAGAAGGAAAAGAGAAAUGAGGGGAGAGAGAAGGAAGGAAGGAAAAGGAAGGAGAAAGGGAGAAAGGAAGGAAGGAGGAGUAGCGGAUAUUGCCUAUGGAUUCUGCUUAUUGGUGGCUCUCCAGAACUUCCUUUGAGUCCAUUUUUUAAAGCUGACUUUUAAAAUUUGAUUUUCAGUACCUCCAGAAGAAGAUGCCCAUCACACAGCAGAACUUAGAAAAGGAAACAAAAUUUCCUUUCAUUCACUUUCUUAAAACACAUGAACUUUCAAAGCUAUCCAGUUUGUGCUCCUUUCAGAACAUGGAUUCUUUCUUGAACCUUUUAACAUGAAGUGUAAAGGACCAGACUCAUCAUGGAUGCAAAAAUAUCAUAAUUUUGCUUUGAAAUAUCAAUUUUCAUCCCAUGGCAUCUUUUAUUUCUUUCUGUCGUGGCUAAGGGAAAAUGCUGUGUCAGUGGACAGUGCUGCUUGAUUUUCAGGCAUUUUCUCUGUUUUUCUGAUUUUAAAUCUGUCAUUCUAGCCUUAAAUCCUGGAGAGCUGUGCUUGGGUCAUGGGGCCCCAUAUUCCCAUCCAGAGGGAUACCUGGGUGAACAUUUGACGGCUCUGAGUGCCAGUCCUAAUGAUGGGUGUGAACAGCUUGGGGGCAGGGGACAUCGUGUCUGUUAAAGGCCUCUGGCUCAAGAAGUGAAUUGAAUCUGGAAUCCUGGCAAGUUAGGGAUGAAUCUAUUCAUAGCAGGAGGAGACAGUGUGGAGCAGUGGGUACAGUCCUGGAUCUGGGUGCAAAGCCCACUUCUGCCCAGUUACUUCCUCUCAAUGGGCCUCAGUUUUCUCAUUUGUAAAAUGAUUGUCAAGUUCUGAUUAAUUCCAGAACUUCCAUGCUCUGGUUAGUCCUCCGUCCCGGUAAUUUUCUGUAAUUGCCAAAAAGAGGAGAAUUUCCAUGUCAUGCUGAGGAUGUGAACUGUGGCCGCUGUGAGUGUUUGCAGGGGAAGGUUGGAGAACAGCAUGUUAUGUUCUUGGGGUUCACUCUGGGAACAUCUUGUUAGGGUGAGUAGGAAGUCACAGGACAGAGUCACAGUUUCCUGCCUGAGACAGCCAGUCAUAAGGUGUUAAGUCAUCCCUAGAGAGCACUCGGGGUGAGUCCCCAGUGAGGAUUGCUCCCUGUGACUCCUCUCAGUGUCCAUGCCCACCAGGGCUGAUCCCUGUCUGACAAGGAUGGUUUUGGGGUUCCAGGGACCUGUGGCCUUCAAAGAUGUGGCUGUGGUCUUCACCUGGGAGGAGUGGAGAGACCUGCACCCUGAGCAGCAAGACCUGUACAGGGAGGUCAUGCUGGAGACUUACGAGAUCCUCGCAUCCCUGGGACUCUCAGGUUGCAAACCCGCUGUGAUCUCCCGACUGGAGAGGGGAGAAGCACCUUGGAGGCCAGGAAGAGGAAGCCCCCAAAGCCUCUGUGCGGAUUUCUGUAAACAGAAGGAGAAGUAUCCAACUAAAGAGCUGACUCCAGAAGAGAGCAUUUCUGUAAGAGAAUUAUCCAUGCAAAAUCUUGCAAAGCAUGAAAUCUGGGACUCCAGAUUUGGAGAAGUCUGGAAAUAUCCUGUUAGAUUAGAGAGACAGAUUGAGAGCAAGAAAAGACAAUCCAGGCAGCUAACCAUAACAGGUGAAAAAACUGAUCGUUUUUUCAAUGAAUACAAUCCACUGGAGCAAAGCUCCAGUGUGGAAUCAUCCUUUAAUUCAUUGCCAAUGAUUCGUACAGGAAGAAGUUUUCAGAAAUAUGCUACAUAUAGGAAGAAUUUCAAACCAUUUUCUGACCUAAUUCAGUUGAAUAGAAACUCCUCAGGGAAGAAGGUUUUUAAGUGUGAUAGGUACAGCGAUUCCUCUAGUUGUCAUCCAGAUCCCAUUCACUGUCAAAGAAAGCACAAAAAUACAAAGUUAUUUGAAUGUAGUGACUGUGGGAAAGUCCUUGGGAAUAGCUCAUCCUUAAGGAAACAUCAGUUAAUUCAUACUGGAAAUAAACCCUUUGAAUGCAAUGAUUGUGGGAGAGCAUUUACUCAGAAGGGAAACCUCACUAAACAUCAACGAAUUCAUACUGGAGAGAAGCCCUUUGAAUGUGAUGAAUGUGGGAAAGCUUUCAUUCAGAGGGGAAGCCUUAUUGAACAUAAGAGAAUUCAUACUGGUGAGAAGCCUUUUACAUGUAAUGAAUGUGGGAAAAGCUUCAAUCGGAAGACAAACCUUAUGGGACAUAAGAGAAUUCAUACAGGAGAAAAGCCAUACGGAUGUAAUGAUUGUGUGAAAACCUUUAGCAAUCGUUCAGCCCUCAGGACACAUCAGAAAAGUCAUACUUCAAAGAAAAGCUUUGAGUGCAGCGAAUGUGGGAUGUUCUUUAACCAAAGAGGGAACUUUACCAUGCAUCAGAGGAUUCAUUCCAAAGAGAAAUUUUUCGAAUGUGGUGAAUGUAAGAAAACCUUCAGCCAGAGGGAAAGACUUAUUGAGCACAAAAGAAUUCAUACUGGAGAGAAACUUUACAAAUGUAAUGAUUGUGGGAAAGUCUUCAGCAAAUGCAUGUCCCUCAAAAGGCAUCAACUAAUUCAUACUGGAAAGAAACCAUUUGAAUGCAGUGAAUGUGGGAUAGCUUUCAAUCAGCGAGGCAACCUCAUUAAACAUCAGAGAACCCAUACUGGAGAAAAAGCCUUUGAUUGUAAUGAAUGUGGGAAAGCCUUUAGCCAGAGAGUUACCCUUAUUGAACACAUGAGAAUUCAUACUGGAGAGAAACCUUUCACUUGUAAUGAAUGUGGGAAAAGCUUUAACUGGAGGACAGUUCUCACUGAGCAUAAGAAGAUUCAUACUGGGGAGAAACCUUAUGAAUGUAAUGAAUGUGGGAAAACCUUCAAGAGUACCUCAACCCUUAGAUCCCAUCAAUUAAUUCAUACUGGAGAGAAACCCUUUGGGUGUCAUAUAUGUGGAAAAGCCUUUAGCCAAAAAGGAAACCUUACCGUACACCAGAGAAUUCAUACUGGUGAGAAGCCCUUUGAAUGUAAUGAGUGUGGAAAAGGCUUUGACCGAGGGGCAGCCCUUAUUGAUCAUAAGAGAAGUCACACUGGAGAGAAGCCAUAUGGAUGUGACGAUUGUGGGAAAGCUUUUGCUACAGGUUCAUCUCUCAAGUCACACCAGAUAAUUCACACUGGAAAGAGACUCUUUCAUUGCCCUCAAUGUGGGGUGACAUUUAGGCACCGUGUAAAUCUUGCCAUACAUCAGAGAACUCAUGCCAGAGAGAAACCCUCUGAAAGCACUGAAUGUGGGAAAUCCUACAAUCAGAAGGGAAUCCUCACAGAACACCAGAAAAUUCAUACUGAUGAAAAAUAAUAUAAAUGAAUGCUUGUGGAAAAACCUUCAUCACAAUAUUGGAAGAAAGCCCUCUCUGUGGAAUAACUGUGGAAAGGCUUUCAGUAGCAGUUCAUCCCCUAUAAGGAAUCAUAACAUUUACUUGGGAAAUCAACCUUUUGAGUGUUUUGGGUGAAAAUUCUGUGGGAAAAUCUUUGACCUAUGGGUAAUGCUUAUUGUAUAUCACCAGCUGCCUCAUAGAGUGAAAUCCUUUUGGUUGCAAUGGACAUGGAGAGACUUUACCAAGAACCUCUCUAUUAUCAGAGAAUUCAGAGUGAAAAGAAAUCCUGUGAUUGUGAGUAAUUAAGGGAAAGCCUUUUUCCUUCAUCAGAGAGAAGUGGAAGAUGCCAAGGAGAGAAAAAUAAUCUUUAAGUCACUAAUCCUAGCUGAAUCUUAGUCAUGACAUGGAUGAAGAAGUUGAUAUUGUAAUUCAUGAUCCCUGAUUUUCCCUAAUUGCUAACGACUUCACAAAGGUCAUCCUGCUUACAUUGUCAUAAAUUGAUGGACAAGUUUAUUUAAUAGUGAAUUCUUUUCCUUUGACUAUAAAUAUGCUUGUAAUCAUUGACAAGUGGAUUCAAUAGUUAAAAUCUUAAAAUUCCUGUAGUAGAAGCAAAUUCCAGAACUUGAAGGAAAGCCUUAUUCAACUCAAGUAGCCCUUCCUUAGAAUCCUCCCUAUUCUUAUCUUGUUUCCCCUGCCCUGCCUAAUAAAGGUAUGGUACCACAAAACUGAAGCACCUGUAGACCUUGUGUUACAAUUUGACCAAUCCCAUGCCAGAGACUCCUUUGAUUCAAGAAUUAAACAGAGAAAGCCAGAGUUAGGGAAUGUCAGCAAACUGGAUUGUUCCCUUUCGUAUUAGUUAUGCUCAUGACUGGUAGACCUGGCUAUGCCAGUUGAUCCAAAGAUACACUAAAAACUGAGGUAGCAGCAGGUCUGCUCUCCAUAAGAGCCUGAAAGCAUCAGGUCAGUAUUUAAUAAACAUUUGUUGAAUUGAAUAA